AUGGCGAGAACACCUAGCGCGGAGGGCCGAAUUCCCUUCAAGGUACCUGGAAAUCUCGAUAUUCCCUGCUCAACCUAUUACAAGGUCUUUGGCGACCUUUCAAGUGGCGCCCCGCCCGUGGUCUUUCUUCACGGCGGCCCCGGCGGCGGUCAUGAGUAUCUGCUCUCGUUCGCAGAGCUCUGGCCACAGUACGGCCUUCCGGUAGUCCUGUAUGACCAAAUCGGAUGUGGGGCUUCAACCCAUCUCCCCCAGAUGGCCGGGGACAAAGACUUCUGGCAGGAGUCCUUGUUCGUCGCCGAGUUGGACAACCCCAUCGACCAUCUGAAAUUGCGUGAUGGCCCUGGAUUCCAUCUGCUCGGCCAGAGCUGGGGAGGCAUGCUGGCUGUCGCCUUCGCAGCCCGCCAGCCCCGCGGACUGCAGAGGCUGGUGCUCGCCAGUGGGCUAGCCAGCAUGGACCUUUCUGAGAAGAGCAUCCAGCUGUGUCGAAGUGAAAUGCCGAUAGAUGCGCAGAGGGUGCUAAAAAAGUGUGUGCAAGAGACCGACUACACGAGCCAGGCUUAUCGCGACGCUAUGACAGUCUUUCAAAAGACGUUCGUGUGCCGUGCGGAUCCAUUGCCGGAGGAAUGGAUGCUAUCACUGAAGCAUCUUGGCGAGGAUCAGACUGUGUAUGGCACCAUGUACGGCCCCUCCGUUCUGAAAUUGAACGGCUCACUGCGCGGCUGGACAUGCAUACCACGCCUGCCACAGAUUGCUGCUCCCACUCUGGUCUACAAUGGUGAGUUCGACACGUCGCGCGACAUUUCGCAGGAGGCAUUUUUUGAGCUCAUCCCACGCGUACGCUGGAUCACUUUCCCAAAUGGAAGUCACAUGUGUCAUCUUGAUGAUGGGGGGCUUAGAGAACGAGUUCUGAAGGUGGUGGGCGAAUUCCUGGUGAACAAGGCGGUUGCAUGA